AUGGAAGCCGAAGCAAGCAGUUCGGAUGAUUCAACAGUAAGCGAAACUGUUGAAACUAAGCCAACACUAUCGGUACCACCUUAUGAAGUAAACUCGAUGAUACUUUGCAGCCAUACCGAUAAUCUUUUUUAUGAAGCCAAAAUAAUCGCUGUAAAAAUGCAAGCCAAUGGAGACCAUGUGUAUACCGUUCAUUAUCAGGGAUGGAGCAAGCGAUACGAUGAAAAUAUCUCACAUAGCAGAUCUGCAUCACGAUUCCGAUCUUUCACACCGGACAAUAUUGAACUUGCAAAGAUCGAAAUGAAGGAAGCGAAAGCUCGAGCUGCUGAGCUGAUUAAAAAAAAGAAACCACAAAAAACAGAUAUUCGACGUGGGCGUUCAGCUAUACAAUUAUCAGAAUCUUCUUCCAAUGCGUCUCGAGAUGCGAAACCGCUGGUCAAUCAUAGUGUUCUUGGGAGUAGUUCGGCGGAGGGUUUAUCAAGAAGUCCAUCCACAAGUGAAGCGGUAUCAGUUCCUGAAAAGCUGAAAGCUCUGCUAGAAAAUGAUCGUCAUUUGAUUGAAAACGAACUGAAAUUACCACGCCUACCAUGCCGCUUGACUGUUUCAAAGAUUAUGAAAGAGUAUGUCAUGCACGUACGUAAACUGGAUGCUGUAUGCUCGGAAGUUAAAGUGCAUAAGGGAAGAGCACGUUAUUGGAAGGGUGUUGUAGCUGCGCUAGAUGAAUGUACAGAUAAUAUGAAAAGUUUUUUCGACCUGGUUAUAGUGUCUGACAUAUUGUAUCCAAGCGAAAAAUUGCGUCAUAAGGACUUGACUGAGGGAACUUCAGGAGUCAUUCAUCUGCAUAAUAUAUCAGAUCUUUUAAAUGAACCAAAGAGAGGACUUCGUGCAUCGGAAUACUAUGGUUUUAUUUAUUUGCUUCGACUUCUUAUUAGGUUUUCCGAAAUGAUUGAAUAUAUGCUAUGCGACGAUGACUCGAAAGAGAUUUUAACUGUUUUUGUCCAGUCAUUUGUUCGUUAUUUGGGAAGCAAUUCCGAGAAAUUUUUUAAUCCGGAGCUGGACUAUGAAACCAUUACUCAAGAAUACAAAAUGCGUCUCCUGCAAAAUUCUAAAAUUUAG